AUGACAAACGACGAUGAUCGCGCGGAUGAGAAGAAGACGACGGUGUUGGCGGAUGUCGCGACGGCUAAGUUGUCCGACGAUGAAGAACAACGCAAAAGAAAAGGAAAAGCCAAGAUCGUGAUCGUCUCUAAGGAAUGCAAAGAAGAGAGCGAGAAGAAGAGCGAAGAGAAGAGAUGCUUCGAUCAUGUUCCAAGAAAGAUAAGGCGUACGCUAAGAUUCCCACAACCAGACUUUGAAAACCCUAAUGGGGCUUCUUCUUCAUCGCCUUGUUCUUCUUUGCCCUUUGAAAAUUCUUAUAGGCCUUCUACUUCUUCUUCCUCUUCUUCAUCGCCUUGUUCUUUUUUGAACUAUGAAAACUACAUGGCUAUGAUGAUGAGAAGACCACCAAACCCUACUUACCGAUCGUCUCCGUAUUCUCCCUUGACGGAUAGAACAAUCCCCGAGAGAUGUGGGCUGUCACAGAGGUGGGGUAUUAAUCGUGGAUUCAAUAAGAAACCUAGGGUUGCUUCUUUUUCAAGGAGAGAGAUGCCGCGGUGGCUUGUUCACGUGAUGAGAGACAUGAACGCACAAGACGCGACACUGAUCUUUGAGAAGACUCUGUUAGCAACUGAUCUCAACCCACAUCAGAGCCGUUUCUUAAUGCCUUUCGACUGUUUAAUCAGAAACGACUUCUUGACGCCUGAGGAGAGGAGUAUCGUAGAAGAAGAAGACAUGGACAUGGACAACGAUGAGAAGAUCGAAGUGGGAGCGCUUCUCGUCGAUCCAAGGUCUGUAAAGUGGGGUGUGGUUAUAAAGAGGUCGGAGAUGACGACGUGUUCAGGAAACAAAAGCUGGGGUUACUGUUUGGAUUGUGGUUGGAACGACAUCGUCAAUGCUAAUGAAUUCAAAGUCGGCGACAACAUCGUUGUUUGGUCGUUCAGGAGCCGUGGAGUCCUCUGCUUUGCCCUUGUUCUUGUUCCUCUUCCUCUUUUUCUCUAGCAAGUUUAUUUCUUGUGUUUCUGUUGAGGUCAUCAUAACUUGAUUGUAAAAUUCUAAA